GGCCCGCCCCUGCUUAUCGGGCCCGGGGGCCGCGGCCGGGGAGGCGGCCGGCGCGCUGGGGCCGCGGGAUGUCGCACGGAGCCGGGCUCGUCCGCACCACGUGCAGCAGCGGCAGCGCGCUCGGACCCCGGGCCGGCGCGGGCCAUCUGGGCGCCGGGCCCUCGGACCGGCUGCUGGACGAGGGCUACCCGCGCACGCACACGGCCCUGCUCAAAGUGGCGCAGAUGGUCACGCUGCUGAUCGCCUUCCUGUGCGUGUGGAGCUCCCCGGGGACCCACUACAGCGCCUACAGCUUCUUUGAAGUGGUCACCAUCUGCGACUUGAUCAUGAUCCUCGCCUUUUACCUGGUCCACCUCUUCCGUUUCUACCGCGUGCUCACCUGUAUCAGCUGGCCCCUGUCGGAGCUCCUGCACUAUGUGAUCGGCACCCUGCUCCUCCUCAUCGCCUCCAUCGUGGCCGCCUCGCAGAAGAACAACCAGGGCCGGCUGGUGGCCGGAGCGGUCUUCGGGUUCAUGGCCACCUUCCUCUGCAUGGCCAGCGUGUGGCUGUCCUACAAGAUCUCGUGUGUGACGUCAUCCACAGAUGCAGCCGUGUGAGGAGGCCGCGGCCCCCGCGGGCUCUGCAGGACGUGGGCCAGCGGGGAGGAGGCCCGGCGACCCCAGGCAGGGUGCAGACAGUUCCUGUGCCAGCGGGGAGGGGCCCGCGCCUUCGUCCUGCUUCCCUGGACGCCGUGUCCCCGAGCCUCUGAGAGCAUUCCGGCCCUGCUGAGGGGAAGGCCGAGCAGCCUCCGGGGACCUCCGCCGCCCCUGCCGACGACCCCGCUGCUGAGCGGGAGUCCUGGCUGCGCCCACCCGGCGCGUGAAGUGAGGCACACACACCCUGCACGGGAGACCCCACGUCUCCACUCCCUGUCUGCCCUUGUGAACCGUGUGAGUGAGAAUGUGUGUUUUUUAAAUAAAAUACUGACUUGGCCGCCA